AUGACAGGAUAUCUACCUGAAGAAGUCCUAGAACAAAUCCUUCACUGUUUGCCCCCAAAAGCUAUAGUCAAAUGCACCCUAGUCUGCAAAUCAUGGAAGUCAAAAGCUCUGACUUCAUUCACAGCCACCUCCGCCGCACAGUCCAAACCAGCCACCUCCGUCUCCUCAGGUCAGUCGACGUGGAGCAAAACCACCGUGACUUCUUCUCCUUGCAUUGGGAAAGCCCUGAAUUCAAACAACUGCUACCAAGCUACCCAAAAGAAGGAUUUGACUAGGGUUAUCAAAAGUUUCGAGUUUGGUUACGAUUCUCGGAACAAGAACUACCAGGUUUUAAGAAUUUUAAGUGACGGUUUUCGUGAGUUUGAGGUUUAUUCCUUGGCCAGGGGGACUUGGAAGACCCUUGGUGAUAUUCCUCUAGAUUUUAUGCCUUUUGAUUAUAGUGAUAGCCUUGAACAUAGGCAUGUUUCUGUCAAUGAUGCUCUGCAUUGGUUGGUUUUGCGGCGAGAGAAGAACAAGGACAAUGCCAUUGUUUGUUUUGAUCUGGAGGCUGAGACAUUCGCUGAUCAUGGUGGUGCCUGA